AUGCCAUUUCCAUUCGUCCUACCGACCACCUCGGCCUUUUCCUUCUCCUCCUCCGUUAGCUGUGACUCUCACCCAUCGCUGCCCCUCAGCGCGAGCACUUAUCGCGGGGUUGUCAGAGACGCGCUCAAGAAGCACAAGAGACUUCCUCCCUCGUCUCAAACUGCAAAUCUAAGCACCGUCAUCUCUAGUUUAGAGAGCUAUCUCCCAUAUCUCAUCGCCAUUGACGCCGGCUUAAGUAAUCAGCCUGUUAGCAAUGAGACGGUCAACACAGUGCUGGAGUCGACCCCUUCCAUCUCAUGGAGACCAACGCUUUCUGGCGACCUUGUGCCUGGGCGUGAACGUCCCCGGGUAAACAUUAACUCAUUAGAAUAUGAGAUUUAUUUUACGCUGUCCACUUUGGGCUUCUCUCAUGUCCUCAUGGCAAGGGCCGCGCUGCAGCCUCUCUAUUCCACAACUCAGGAUUUCCAGGGGACACAAGAGCGGACAACCAUCAUGACAACAGCCACGAAAUACCUGCUAGAGGCCGCUUCCAUAUACGACUAUGCCGCCACAAGAAGUGAGCAGGUAAUUGGCAGCCCGCCUUGCGUCGAUGUUUCACCUGCCAUGCUCCGCGCUCUCGCUUCUCUCUGCCACGCCGAGGCAACACUGUUAGCUGUGUUAAAGGACGACCCUUACCCAGCAGCUGUGGCCCAGGACAGGAAUAAAAACGAUAAAGAGUGGAUGUUCAAAGCCCCCGACAUCCCCAAAGUUCGAGCCCAUCUCUAUGCUCGUCUGUGUCUCGCCGCAUCUGAGCAUGCUACCAAAGCCUCGGCAUUAUGCCAAUCAGCCAGGGCAGGACCAAGUGGCGUUAGCUCUGGAUUCUUGCGAUACUUGGAAGAUUCACGGCGGACUAGCCGAGCAAAGGCCUGUCGAUUCUUCGGAAUCGAUGCCGAGCUGGGUGGUGAGACGGCGGAAGGAAUUGCCUGGGCACGUGCUGGUUUACACGAGCUCGGCAUCGAGGUCAAAGACACAAAGAAGGGGCUGAGCUUGAGUCGUACGAUGAAGGGUUUUCAUGAGAAGAGAGAAGAUCGUCGAGUUGACAAAGAAACUACUUGGGGAGCCGAUGCUGGCAAACUGGAAGAGACAAGGAUCCUCGAGUUGCUAGACGCAAAAUGGAGCAAGAUUAAUGAUACGAUGAACACACGGCCAAUUCCGCCCAUAAACGCUUUAAUAAGCAAGAUGCCCUCGGGCCGUGAGAUUCACACUAUCAAACCAUAUCAGGUUCCUACCUUAGAUCGAGAUGUGCUGGAGGCCAUGCGAGCGCCCCCCGAACAGGGCGAAAAUGUUGGAGGAGAGUUUAGUUCCGAUGAUGAGACCCUGGUGGAAGGUUCCACGACAAGGAGCUCGUAUUAUUAA